GCCGCCCCUCCUCGGAGGCCUGCGCGAGCCAGCGAGCACCGCUUCCUGUGUCUGGGGAAUGAGUUCCUCCAGAAGGCCAGCAGUCAUUGUGCAGCACUGGACAGGUUCAGGAGGCCUGGUUUCUAACCCUGCUCUGUCACUAGCAAGCUCUGUGAUCUUUGAAGCUUAAGUGAAAAUGGUGCAUGUUAGAAGACACGAAACAAGAAGAAAUUCUAAAACUCAAGUACCUGAGCAAAAAUCUCGAGUUGAUUGGCGUCGAACUAAGAGAAGCAUCUCACAGUUAUUUGUUAGUGACGAAGAGCUUGACAGUGAUGAGGAGCUUGAACCUGAUAGUGACGAAGAGCUAGAGAGUGGUCAAAGUAUUGAUAGUGGUGAAGAGUCUGAUAGUAGCAAGAAGCCUGGUGUGGGUGAAGUACCAGAAAAGGAAACAGAACCCAGAUUAAUCAAAGUGGAGAGUGAGGGAAGCAGCAGUAACCCUCUUAGGGACACUGCCAGAAGGUCAACGGAUGAAGAAGAAAGGGACAAAGCUGAACAUGAUUUACCAGAUGUCAACAAGCAUACCAAACAAACCGCAGAGGAGGAUAUGGAAGAUGAAUACAUCAAGCCUGGAAAAAGAAAAAGGCUGUCUUCGGUAAUGUAUGACAGUGACGACAGUGAUGACAGUGAUAUCCUUGUUAGAAAACUGAGUGCUAAACGUCCACGCAGGGUGGUCGAAGAUGAGUGUUCUUCACUGGAGAUGGAACAAGAAACCCCUGAAAAAUCAUCAGCUGCUCGAAAGCGAGAACACCACCAGAAGCUAAAGGAACUCUCAGAAAGAUCACGCCAGAGGCAGAGACGCAAUAGUGGUAGAAAUGUUGAGGACUCUGAGAAGGAAUCUUGUUCAAGUACUGAUGAGGAUGAGGAUGAGGAUGAUUACAAAUGUGAUGAAAAUGGCGAUGAUUAUAUGAUCGAUGAUUUUGUCGUACGAGAUGAGGACAGUGAUGAGAAUAAAAAUCAACAAGGAGAGAAUUUGACUACAUCACAACUGAAAUUAGUAAAACGGAAUUCUCUUUAUUCUUUUAGUGACCACUAUACACACUUUGGAACAGUUGUGAAGGCUCUUCUGAUCAAUGCUUUCGAUGAAUCUUUUCUGGAAACCUUGUAUGCUGGCACCAGGAAGAAGUCGUAUGCACAAGAUAUGUUGACAUCUCUUCACUAUCUGGAUAAUCGCUUUAUUCAACCCCGCCUGGAGAGUUUAGUCUCUAGAAGUCGAUGGAAAGAACAAUAUAAGGAGCGAGUUGAAAGCUACUCUAACUUAAGUGUCCAUUCGAAGAACCCCGAGGACUGCUCCUGCCAGGCUUGUGGGCUGCAUCGCCACUGUCAAUACUCAGUGCACCUCUCAGGAAAGUUGUACAACACCAGGACAAUGGAGACAGACGAUUUCAUGUCACAUGACAAGCAGGUGUUUAUUGUUGGCAGAAUUUGUGCUAAUCGCACCAGAAUUUAUCAUAAACUAAAACAUUUUAAAUUCAAACUGUACCAAGAAUGUUGCUCCAUUGCAAAAACAGAAGAAGGUGGAGAUGAACAGGUUAAAGAAACAGUAGGAAGAGUCUUCAGUCAGGCAAAAGAAAGCGGCUGGAUUAAAAAGAAAUAUGAUCAACUGCAAGACUAUCUCAAUUCUGCGGAUUAUUUUCAAGAUGAGAAGUUUGAAUUAUAGCAUGUUUCCUUCAGAGAAGAUUGUAAAAGUUUCUAUAAAUGUGAAGAUCACGUGUUUUGUUUCUCUGCAUCAUGUAGCAUUUAUUGUAUAAUCUGUGUGCAUCUUUAUGGCAAAAUCUCUUGUUUUUGUGCUCAUCUGAUUUUCAUGAAAUGCCACGUGAAGUCUAAUAAAGCCUGCGUAGAUGUACAUGGAGAACAUCAGAUUUGUGAUUCAAAACUCCAUCAAUGUAUUUUAGUCAUGUAUUGAUGUUCCUCUCAUGCGUGACCUGCAGUUGAAUGUUCUAUCAUGUCCUCUUUUUGGUUUAGUAGAAAUAGGCUGCAUUAAAAUAUAUUUGGACUAACCUGGAGGUGGAUCAGUCAGUACGGUACUUGCCUUACAAGCACAAGGACCUGAGUUCAGUUCUCAUGUCCAUAUUUAAAAUAAAAGCAGAUGUGCUGGUAUGUACUUGCAAUCCCUGCCCUGGGGAGGCGAAGACCAGGAAGAUCCCUGAGGCUUGUUAGCCAGGCAGCCAACCCACCACUCUCAUUCCAAUGAGAGACCCUGUCUCAAAGAACAAGCUGGGUUGUGCUUGUAAAUGACACCCAAGGCUGUCCUCUGAGCUGAACAUGCAUGCAAACAAACAUAUGUUGCCCACAUGUGUGCAACAACACACAGGCACCUUCACAUCCACACUAUGUAUGCAUGUGUAUAUUCAUAUGUAGUGAGACUCAUGCCACCCUACGUAUGAAUCAUUGUGUUGUUGAAUCGCUUGGCAGUAUUAAACAAUAUUAAACAUUCAGUAAUAAUGUCUAAUUAAUGUCUCCAAACAGUGAGCCAUGGAAGAGGCCUCAGACUUCCAUGCCUUUGUUACCCUGACCUCAGAAUGAGACCAUAGCUUAUCUAUUGCAGGAGGAAGAGUACUUCCUCCUGCUGAAGUUUCCUUCAUGAACAGAUGUGUAAUCUGCAGGCUCUUUCAAUCCCCACAUCCAGGAAGAAUUUGUUGAUGCAUUUUUUUUUCAUUCUGUGUAAUGUUCUUUCUUGUUUCUGCACAGUUUUAUUUGUAAUGUAUCAAGGAUUGAGAUGUAUUUUGUGAUUUUUUUUAACCAUAAUAUUCUCUGUGUAAAUAUAUAUGUAUCGUAUAUGUAGCAGUCUGAAGAUAUCAGAGACAGGUUCAGCCAAAAAACAAUUCAAAAACUUAUUUUUGUGCCUACAUUAUUUUGCACAUCCCAACUUUUCCAUAAUACAAUAAAGUGGUUUCAA